UAUAAGACAGCUCCCUCUCUGGAAUCUCUGUAAUGGUUAGUGGAAUGACUGAGCUAUUCAGUGACUGCUUGGCUAUGUAAUUGUAAAGUGAGCUGUUUGGAUUAAAAUUACCAUGUUUUCUACACACACUAGCCACAAAGCACGCAGGGGAAGCUAUGAAGGAAUUUUACACAACAAGAACACAAUACACAAAACCCUCGCUCAGAGACGAUGCUCAGCGCCUUCCCUUGGGUUCAACAAAGCUCUUAGUAAACCACGGUCUACAGUAUGGGAGAGCAAUGGCUGUUCCAUAUCCAUAGAACAAUGCCCCUUUGUUUUGGGAUUAACCAGUGAAGAUUCAGAACUAAUUUUGCAUGAAUGUGUGAAGCUGACCCAAGACUUGAAGACUAAGGAGCGCUAUCUCUUCCUAUUCAGUGAUAUGAUUAUUAUUGCCAAAUUAAAAUCCGGCACUAGUUUUAGACUGAAACACAGAGUUGAUCUCGCAGAAAUGAUGGCACUACCAUGUGAAGAGGAGGAGGAGGAGGAAGAAGCCUGCCCUUUUCAUAGUUAUCCUAAGCAUGCCUUGCUUUUUAUCUGGCAGUGUAAUGGAUGCAUUGCCUCUUUUCGCUCCCUUGAAGUAAAGGAGCUCUGGCUUGAUACUCUUGUUUGGCAGAUUAGAGAAGUUGGAGGACUUGAAGGCAUUAGUAUCCCCUAUACAAGACUACUCAUGAAGGUGCUCACAGGCUGCAAUGCUUUUAAAGCAAUCAAUACCAGCAACAUGGAAGACUUAAUAGAAUGCCCAACAGAGGCAGAUGCCAAGAAAUACCAGUUAUUGGCAGCAAUGAUAAGUGAAGAUGGCAUGUGCCAUGUAAUUGAAAACAACAAAAAAAGAAAGGCUGUCAUAUCCUGGCCAUUCACAUUCAGAAGAAGCUCAACACUAUCAGAAACUUCAGUUCCACCUGAACUAAAAGCAACUUUGUUUGACCAACCACUUUCUAUUGUCUGUGAAGAGGACGCCCUUCCCAAACCAAUACUUGAAAUCCUUACUAUUCUGUGCCAGCAGGGCCCAUCCACUGAGGGCAUUUUCCGUAAAGCUGCCAACGAGAAAGCACGCAAAGAACUCAAGGAGGAUCUCAAUAGUGGAAAGACGGUGGAUUUAAAAAGCAAGCAUGUGCAUUUAUUGGCUGUGGUUCUCAAGGAUUUUCUUAGAGGUAUUCCACACCAGCUUUUGUCAUCUGAGCUGUACCAUGAAUGGAUGGCAGCUUUAGAGAAACCAACUUUGCAGGAAAAGAUUGAAAAUAUGAAAUGUGUUGCGGAUAAACUGCCCAGACCUAACUGGAUUCUACUGCAACAUUUAAUCUGCGUCCUCUAUCACAUCAGCAAAGCCUCAACUUUAAACAAGAUGGAUUCAAACAAUCUAGCUGUCUGUAUUGGCCCAAACAUGCUCCAACCUCACCAUGACUAUAAUCUUUCCCUAGAAGCUCAGAAGCAGGCCAAUGACAGGGUUAUUUCCCUAGUUGAGUUCUUCAUAGACAAUUGCUUUGAUCUGUUUGGUCAAAAUGUAUCACAGUGUCUAAGUACCUCAAAGGAGGAGUUGCUGGAGGACACUGAUGUCUCAGAAAUCCCUUUUCAACAAAAUGACUCAGCAUAUGACAGCACAGAUCCUGAAUAUGAGGGACAUAAUAGUACCAUCACCAGCUGUCAAAAAGACUUGGGGAUUAACAGUGGGAGAGAGGUUCUAAAUAGCUCAAUGGAUCAGGAUAUAAAUCUGACUCAAUCUUCUAUAAACUUGUUGAAAGUCAGCAAUAUGGACAGGAGGAAGUCAGAACCACACAUAUUCCCCUCACAGGAUACCAAGGUGGUCGCAGGCAGAAAACUGACCAGAAGCCAUGAUGAUGUCACUGUUCGUAAAAGUGGAGAACCUUUAACUAAGGAGGACCUAUCAGAGCAAGUGUCAGAAAUAGCCUUAUAUAAGAAAAAGAUGCCAAAAGGUCUGACAGUUAAUACCAGUUAUUCAGAAGAUGUGUUAGAUGAUGUACUGCAGAAUGCUCUUUCCAGUUGUUCACUAGAGAGUUGCUUUUCAGACUGUUCUGUGUUUACCAGCUCACCGCUUGCUUCUCCCAUAAGUCCAAAGAACAACUGUUUGAUAAGACAUCAAUCAUGUUCUUCGAAGAGUGGAAUUAGAAAUGACAUUAAAUUAUCAAGCAGAGAAAUAAAAAAGCAUUCAAAGUCAUUUUCCUAUGUGAAUCAAAAGAAAAAGUUGGCAAAGACACAGAGCUGGGGGCCUGAAGGACAAAAUCCAGGCUUACAGAGGUACAUGUUUAACAGCAGUCUCAGAAAUAGACAUCAAUAUGAAAAUCCACAGGCUAAAUGUUUUCAGCAGCCUGCUGUUGUUAGGCUUAGAAGGCCACAAUCUGCCCGCAAAAUGUCAGUUGAUGAGGUGUUCCGAAUAGUAGACCAGAGAAACCCUGGCAAACCUCCAUCAUAUGAGGAAGCCAUUCAUAAAAAUGUUCCACCCUUUAAAGGUAUGACAGUCCAAACUGUGAGAGCUACUGUUUCAAAUAAUGAAUAUUCAUCUUCCCAUGUUGUCAGUGAUACCCCCAUGGACAGAGAAUGUAGAACUCAUGCAGAGAAACAGACAACAAUAAUAAAUGAAGGGCCAACAGAAAAAAACUGUGCCGAGGAAAUGCAACAGCUCUGUCAGUUUGGAAAAACUAAAAGUGUUGUUAUACGAACUAUGUCUGAGUCUGUUCAGAAACACAAGCAUGAAACCUUAAGUCGGAGAUGCAGCCAGCCUUUUGAGCUUUAUGAUCAGAUUCAGUAUGCCAAGGAAUCCUAUGUUUAGUCGGCUCAGCAGUUGGUCUCAUUUUGUAAAUAUGGACGAAAGCAAUAGAAUUCCAAUUUGUACAUAUCUUCCAAAACUGCAGUGCAUUUGGUAAAAAUAUCUAAAAAUCUAAUAUUAAUGCAAAUCUUCCAAAUAAAUAAAGAUAGCAGUUAUGUGUUUAGUUAACCAUGUUUACUACAUACCUACCAAUGUAAAUAUUUAUAUGUCGAAUUAUAUGGUACAAUGUAUGACUAUAUUUUUACAUAGUAAUCUACAAUUUUGUUUUGCUCAAUGCAAUGUAAAAAAACAGUAUUCUACUGAAUUUUCACUACAAUAAAGCACUUUCAUAUGUUUAAAAAACA